AUGCCCUGUGAACGUACCAAUUGGAGAGUGGUCUACCUGAUGGGAGUGUUCUCAUUGAUUCAGAACACCCAAUAUUCUAUUUAUCUCACUUCAAUGUUUUCGUAUUUGAAAAAGCUGGAUUCCACAGCUACCGAAUCGCAAUUCGGAUGGAUUAUGGCCACUUCUAGUCUGGGGCACUGCAUUGGAUGCUUCGUUUUAGGAUGGUGGAACAGUAGAACCAAUCGUAGCGCCCCUCCGAUGCACUGUGGUUUCUUGUUGAUGCUCGCUUCUAACCUCGUCUACCUCCUCGUGGAUUCCGUUCCUCCAACUUGGGUUGCUCACAUCAUGAUGCUCUCUCGACUUCUCGGUGGAUUCGGAAUGGGAAAUUCGAGUCCAAUGAGAACUUGUGCAUCUCUCCAUUCAACCGCAUCAGAUCGAUCCAAGGCGAUGGCUUCGAUUUCUGGAGGAAGAUCAGUUGGAACAGUAGUCGGACCUGGCCUUCAAUUGAUGUUUUUACCACUCGGAGAAGUUGGAUUUGUGGUUCUCCCAGGAAUUCUUUCAAUCCAUUCCAACAAUGCCCCAGCGUUCCUUGGAAUCGUGUUGACUAUGGUUGGAUUUGUAUCCCUAAUUGUGCUGUUCGAGGAAGAAAUCGCUGAGGAAUCUGACAAGAAAGCGAUCACAGAUCUUGAAAGUCAAUACCCAACCAUCAAGGAUGAGUAUCCAAGCUCUGACAUCGUCGCCAUGCUCAUCUGCAUGCUCACUCGAUUCGUUCAAAAUUUCAUGCAAAUUUCUGUGGAAACCCUCGCUCCAGCAAUUCUGAUGAUGAUGUAUUUUCAAACAAGACAGGAAGCAGUUGCCAGCAUGGCAACCACCUAUUUGACGACCGGACUCAUUGCUACCGUACUCUAUCUUCUUAUCAUCUUCACUAAAUUGUCGACAGUUGUUCGCGACAAGAUCUUUAACUCCCUAGUUCUCAUUCUAUUCGUUUGUCAUCUCCUCGCCACUUAUUCCUGGCAAUUUUACUCUAGCUAUGUUUUGGAUGUCGAGUUCUCCAAUGAAACUUUAAUUGGAUGCGAUGAGGCUCAUUUCACUUGGUGCUCAAAUCUGACUAUUGCUCCAGAAUGGACAUUUUAUGUCGGCUACAUUCUCAGUUUUGGACUAUUCAUGCCAUUCAUCAACGUGGCAAAUGCGACACUCUACUCGAAACUUCUCAAUCCAGAUUGUCAAGGAACUCAGCAAAGUUUAUAUGACAUCUCCAACACCACAGCUAGAAUUUUCGCUCCAGUUUUCAUUACUUUGAUCUACUCUACCUAUGGACCGAGAAGAGCUUGGGAAUUCCUUUGUAUUCUGCUGCUGUUCACCACUUUCCUAUGGAUUAUUUUCGAUAAAAGAUUGGUUCCACUGAAGCCAAUUCAAAAACAAGUGUUUGAUAACGACGGAUUUGAGCAGGAGAAGUCUUCAAAAACCAAAUUAGUUUCUUGA